AGCAUAUAUAUAUAUGUAACCCUAGAGUGAGGAAAGCCUCUCACUUCUGCCCUUCUUCCUAGGAUACAGAAGGAUUCUGGCUGGACAAAGAAAUGGAUCUACUAACUGCAAUCGUUUUCCUGGCUGCUUUGCUACACCAAUCUGAUGGACAGGGUUUUCAGUAUAAACAAAUUGGCAUCCCCUCCCUUCCUCAUUUUAAGUUUCAAAACCGAAAACUGAUCGUUGAACAACACAAUGAAAUACGGAGAUCUGUAAUUCCCACGGCCAGGAACAUGCUGAAGAUGGUGUGGAGUGAGAAAGCCGCCAGAAAUGCUCAGAAAUGGGCAAAUAAGUGUGGGAUGAAAAUCAGUCCAAGAGAUCAGAGAGUCAUUAAUGGUGCCACCUGCGGUGAGAACAUAUUACUAUCAUCUUACCCAAGAACAUGGGCUGAUGCAAUUCAAGUCUGGUACAGUCAGUCCUCCAAUUUCAAGUAUGGGUAUGGAGCAACCUCAAAAAAUGUCAAUAUCGAGAACUAUACUCAGCUAAUCUGGUACAACAGUUAUCAGAUUGGAUGUGCAGUUGCCUACUGUCCUAGGAGCCAGUUCAGCUACUUUUACGUCUGCCAAUACUGUCCUCCAGGAAAUAAUGCAAUGCAAAUAGCUACACCUUACAAAAGUGGACCAAAAUGUGCAGACUGUCCUGGCCACUGUGACAGAGGGCUUUGCACCAAUCCUUGCCAGUUUCAAGAUGACUUUGGAAACUGCAGAAAUCUGCAAACCUUGUUUAGCUGUAGCCAUUCAAUGGUGAAGCAGAAGUGUCCUGCUACCUGUAGAUGCACCAAGCAAAUCAUGUAAUGUCCUGCUGGAUGUCUUUAUAGCUGCUGUGGGACUUACUUAUUAGGAAAGAGUAGAACCCAGUAUGAAGUGUAUUCAGUCUCAGUGCAUCAGCUCAGAUUGACCUAUAGGUAACAUUUUUUUUCUGAAAUCUCACCAUUACUUCAGUCCUAAAUAAGUCUAAUAGCUCAAAAUAACCUCUGAUGUUAUUUUAGACUUUGUAGGAAUCGUGCUUAAGCUACUAAUGUGUUACUUUGUGGUUUUCCUUGCAGUGAAUCUUCCACUGAUUCAUUUCUCUUUAACGGGAAAUACACUUUUAAAACACUUUAGGUUUGGGUUUUUUUGCAGAAUAUGUUAAAUGCCACUUAACUUUCUUCUGUUACCUUUUCUUUGAUUAUCAAUGGAAUGUAUUCCUGCUAAAUAAAUACAUGAUUUACCACCAGUUCACAAACAGA